AUGAACAAGUUUUUGCUUGGCGGCGAUAAUGGGAAAUUACGAUUGUAUAAUAUUCGCACUGGAAAAUUGAUUCACGAAUUCCAAAGCAAAUUUGAUGCUCCCAUAACAGUACUUGAGGUUGGUCGGAUUGCUAAUGUUCACAAAGGUGCUGUCACUUCACUCUACUUCAUGCCUGCAGAGCCAAUCAUGGUUUCAACGUCAAGCGAUAAUUCGAUGAGAACCUGGGUUUUGGAUCAGAUGGAUGGAAUGCCACGUCAACUUGUCAUCAAUGAAGGCCAUUCGCUGCCUGUGAAAACUGUGAUUUUCAGUAGUAAUCACGAAGUCGUGUCAGCAGGACUUGAUGGCUCUGUUCGUAAAUAUUCCGUGAUGGAUGCAGUAACACGCCAGAAGUUAGGAAACGAUGGUACCAUUUCAAGAGCUAAAGCCAAGAAGAAGGGACUUGAUUUGGAUAGUAUUCGAUUGGAACCGGUCAUUGAGAUUGCGGUCGAA